GCCUCCUCUACAUCUUCCCUGUCUCACUUCUCGUUCGAUGCCUUGUCUGCUGAGAUAUAUACACACUUACUUGGCUUCGCUCAGCGUUUCAACUUCCUUGUCUCGUACUCGAGUACUUCUUUUCUUCUAUCCGGGACUGGCUGCCAUGAUUUGAUCGCCCUGAACGAACCGAUCGGCAGCUCGACCCCGGCCACUUUGUGAACCAUGGCAACCUUAGCAGCAUCACCGCCGUUAUCGCCGUCGUGGCCGAAGCGACGGCCGCGGGCCUGGGCGCUGCGCAUUGAACGCUACUGCUGCACCGCGGCGUCGUUCUUCCCUCUCGCUUUUGUUUAUGGACUGACGACGUGGGCCGUCUGGGUGGAGGCCAGUGUCGGCUUCAAGUCGGUGCAGAGCAGCUGGAUUGGCCUUCCCAGCUCCUUCCUUGGAAUCUUCCUCUACAUCUGCCUCAAUACCUGCUACACGGUCGCCGUCUUCACUGACCCCGGCACCCCCCUCAAGCCUUCGAACAGCCGCAGCCAGCACGAAUACAGCGCCCUCCCCGUCACCGAACUCCCGCAGUACACGGCCUACACGGUCAACUCAACAGGCGGCUCCCGCUUCUGCAAGAAGUGCCAAUGCCCCAAGCCCGACCGGGCGCACCACUGCUCGACCUGCAAGCGGUGCGUGCUGAAGAUGGACCACCACUGUCCCUGGCUGGCGACAUGCGUGGGGCUCUACAACUACAAGGCGUUCCUAUUGUUUCUGAUAUACACGUCGGUGUUCUGCUGGGUCGACUUUCUGGUUGCGUCGACGUGGAUCUGGAACGAGAUGCUGGACGACAGCAAGUAUAUGGACUUUGACAAGAUGCUGCCCAUCAAUGUGGUGUUGUUGGCCGUGCUGGGCGGGAUCAUCGGGUUGGUGUUGUCGGGCUUCACGGCGUGGCAUAUCAGUCUGGCGGUCCGGGGGGUCACCACGAUUGAGUGUCUGGAGAAGACGAGGUACGUCUCGCCGUUGCGGAAGGCGCUGGAUCGCCAUCGCUACGAGGGGCUUGCAGGCCAUGAUCCGGAUAGAGCUGGAGGGGAAGGGGGGGUCGCGGGUCUGGGUCACCGGUUGCAGGAGUAUGGCGGACAGAUCCUGGAUGCGCAUGCCAACGCGAUCCCGGGGGUGACCAGGGCGGAGGAAGGGGAGGAUGAGAUCAGGCCUCCGCAGCCGGGCGCCACGCAGCACUCCUCGGGGAGGGAGGAUCUGUCCCCCGCGCAGCAGGCGUUGACGCGAUCGUAUGCGGAUAUGGAACGACAGCGCGAGCAUGAUCGGUACCAGAGUUAUCUGGAAGAGCAGGACAGCGAGAAGAUGCCCCAUGCGUUCGAUCUGGGCUGGAAGCGCAAUCUGUUGCACCUGUUCGGAAGCCGCCCGCUGCUGUGGCCAGUCCCCGUGUGUACCACCACCGGCGACGGUUGGCACUGGGAGCCCAGCGCCAAGUUCCUCGAGGCGCGCGACGGUGUGCGGGUGCGACGGGAACAGGAGGCGGCCGACCAGCAGCAGUAUUACCGGGAUCUGUACACACGGAAUAUGAACAACAGUCAGAGCUGGAUGGGGCCGGACGCCGCGACUUCUGCUGCCAAUCCGGCUGUCACCUGGACGCCGCAGCAGCCGUUGGAUGUAGUUCGAGAUCCUGAGAGACCCAGUACCGGUGUGUCGAUGAAGACGUUGCGGCCGGUGUCACCGCGUCUGCGACACGGGGAGGAUAGUGAUGAGGAGGCGGCACUGCAUGGAGAGGAUGAAUGGAGGAACUGGGAUUGAUAUACGGGGUGUACAGUACACUUAGGAAAACUAUAUAUAAGUAUGAGAUAUGACAGG